ACACAGCCAAUCUGCCUCUGAUCAGAACACAAGAACAGUCUGACAAUAUGGCCGACGACAGCCACCCGGCGCAUCUCUCGCCUAGCGAACUAGGCACAAAAGACUACUGGGAAACCUUCUACGCCCGCACCCUCUCCCACCUCUCCACAAAACACACCACUACCACUACCACAACCACCACAAAACCCACCCCCAACCCCAACACAGAAUCCUCCUCCGAAGAUGAAGAAUCCGAAGAAGAAGAUGACAUAGACGACGACUCCGACCCGGGCACAUCAUGGUUCUCGGAACACAAUGCGCCUGAUAAAGUCCUGCAGUUCCUGACGGAUGAGGAGUUUCCGCUUGCGCCGGUGAAUACCAAUGAUAGCAAUAAAGAUGGUGAUGAGCAACAAGCUCCAUCUAUCCUCGACCUCGGCACCGGCAACGGGAGCAUGCUCGCCCUACUGAGAAAACGAGGCGGGUAUAAGGGUGUUAUGGUGGGGAUUGAUUACUCCAUUAGGAGUGUGCAGUUGGCGAGGGAGUUGCAGAGGUUGAGGAUUCAUUCGGCUUAUUUGAGUGAUUCGGAAGAAGAUUCUGAUGAGGUUGAUGAGGGGGGUAAAGAGGGGAAGGAUGGGGAAGGAGGCGAUACGAAUAUUCGAUUCGAGGAGUGGGACAUUUUGCAUGGGGAUGUGUAUGAGACUACUACUUCUGAAGAAGAAGGUGGUGAUGGGGAAAGGAAGGGAGGGAAAGUGGAUUGGUUCCCGUAUGAUAAGGGCGGGUUUGAUAUUGUGCUUGAUAAGGGGACGUUUGAUGCGGUUUCGUUGUCGGAUGAGGUUAUUCCUGAUGCUGAUGGUGCUGCUGCUGGGGAAGGACAUGCGUCGGGAAAGACGGUUCAGAGGAGGGUGUGUGAGAGAUAUCCCGGGAUUGUGAGGGGGUUGGUGAGGAAGGGUGGGUUUGUGGUUGUUACGAGUUGUAAUUGGACCGAGGAGGAGUUGGUUGCUUGGUUUACUAGGGCUGAUACUUCUUCUGCUGGUGAUGGGGAGGAGGAUAAGUUUGUGGUUUGGGGACGGGUUGAGUAUCCGAGGUUUAGAUUUGGGGGGAGAGAAGGACAGGGUGUUUGUACGGUGUGUUUUCAAAGGGUAUGA